AUGGCCGCCUGGGGGUCGAUGGGCGCUGCAGCUGCCGUAAUGCUGCCGCCACCCCUGCUUGGUGAGGAGCCGGACGCACUCCCCGACGAUGGGUACAAGCCCCUGGGAGGCGAAGCCAUAAGCACUUCUGCAUUAAGCCCAGAAUUGUCGGGCCAUGGGGGACACACUGACGGCUUUCAGCCGGUCUCCCGGAGCAACACAAUGGUGCCGACAAAGUCAUUUGGCGACCUUAAAGCUUUCCUGGGCCGUGCUCGUGGUAAGAAAACAAGGGCGAUGAGAUGGUUGGUACUCCGAGCGAGCGGAGAGCGUCAAGUCUUCACCCUUGAUAAGCGCCAGCUUAUACAGACGUGCAGGUUGGAGAUCCCGAUGCGCGACAUGCGGCUCAUGGACAGCGCAUUGGGCACCGAGACCCUGGCCCAGUUGCUAGUCCGUGACAACGCACUGGUAUUCAGUAUGGAGCAUGUACGGCUGAUCAUCAUGCACGACAAGGUGGUGGUGCCGCUGGACGACGGCGGGCUGCAGCCUCCGGCCCCGCCGUCGGCAGCACCAGAGCGGCCGACGUCGGCGGCGACGCCCGAGCUGAAAGACCGUUUCCUGAACCACUUGGAGGGGGUGGUGAUGGACUGGGCGCUACAGCAUGGCUCCACGAUAGCUUCAACCGCUGCGCCACCACCGCUGCCGCCGCUGCCACCGACAGCGGGACCGACGACAACAGUCAGCAACGGCGGCCUGGCGCAUCCGCCGGCCCUCGUAUCCUUUUGCAAUCAACCUACCUCGCAGCCUCCACAACAGCCGUCGCCAGCAUCAGGAAUCACUCCGCAUCAGCAGUCUCAGCAACAGCAGCACGUUUCCGUAGCAGCGCAGUCGGGGGGUGGCGCCGCCGCCUCGGCGCAAUCGCACCCGGAGCCGCACAUCUGCUCGAAGGCCGUGUCGUUGCGGAACGGUGGUGGUGGUGGUCCGGCUGGCGGUGGGGCAGCGGUCCUCAGUGCUGCAGUGGCCGCAGCAGCAGCGGCUGCAGCAGCGCCGCCGUCCGUGAGUGGUCCUGGGAGUGAAACUGCAUCCACGAAUGCGUUCGACCCGGAGUAUCAGCCGUUUGAGAUGCUGGUGUUGGAGACGGCGCUUACUGAGAUCUGCACUCACUUGUCCAGGGAGGUGGAUGCGCUGCAAGUGAACUGCCAGCCGGCCCUGGAGGCGCUGAUGAAGACCGCGGACACGGCCAACCUGGAGGCGGUGCGGCGGGUCAAGACGCAACACGCUCGGCUGGUGACCCGGGUGACCGCCACCAGGGAGGCGCUGGAAAGGCUGAUGGAGGAUGAUGAUGACAUGGUCCGCAUGUGCCUCACCCAACAAGCACACAUGCGCUUAGCGGCUGUCGCGGCCGCGGCAGCUGCAGCUCAACAGCAACAGCAGCAACAUCACAGCCAUCACCCAAGCUUUGCGUCUCUCAUAGGCUCUAUCACACCCAACCCCGCCGCCGGCCCCGCUGACCAGCAAGCGUCCCUGAAUUCGCCGCCGUCGCCGCCGACGCAUGCCGACGCACAUCAGCUCGCCAUGCUUAUGGGCAGCAGCCUGCCGGCCUCUUACAUGCGCCCGGCAUCGCUGGCGGCGCGAGCUGUACGGCAUCAGGUGGGCAAGAAGUCGGGAUGCUUGGGGGAGGCGCUGGCAGAGGCGGCGGCCGUGGCGGCGGCCGCCGCGGCGGCAGUGGGACCAGGGAGCGGCGGCGUGACCGCCAGCGGCGGCCCGGGCGGUAAUGAAGUUGUUGAACAUGAUUUCCUCGAUGUUGAAAACUUGCUGGAGUCAUAUGCCAUCAUUGUGGACACGACUUAUCAGACCCUGAUGUCCAUAGGCGAGUACAUCGAUGACACGGAGGAUCUAAUCAACAUCCAGCUCGACUUCAGCCGCAACAAGCUCAUCCGCUUCGACAUCCUGCUCACCGCAGGCACCUUUGCGCUGGCCUUCUUCAACAUCGUGACGGGCAUGCUUGGGGAGAACCUGGUACUGCCAGAGGCGAUAACCCAGGACCUGUCGGGCUUCGCCUUGGUCAAUAUCGCCACCCUAUUGUUCUGCAUCACAACCUUUCUGUCUCUGGUAAUGGUGUUCAAGUGGCAGAAGGUGCUGCGCACCGAUAAACAGCGGUGGAAGCCUCCAACUGCAACCCUCCGCGUGUACUUGUCCUAA